AUGCCUAAUAUACUAUCGUACAUCGAUAGGAUCAUCAAGCCUGAAGUGGAAGCUGAGAUACCCGAGCCGAAGACGCAUAGCAAAGUCAAUUUCGAACAAGAGAAAGAACGAGCAGGUCUACUUUGCACCGAAGAACUCAAGAUUGCUACAGAUCGGUGUAAGAGAAAAGUCGAAGCGAUUAUAAAGGAUUGCCGUGCUCGUAACUGUCGUUUCCGCGAUAUUGAAUUUGAUCUAGAAGGGGAUCAAGAUAGGUGCCUCUAUGGGCUAGUUCCUGAUAAGGACAGUUUGCCUUCGCCCGCCGAUGUCCUUCGAGUCACCCAAAUAUUCGAGGAGCCUCAGUUCUUCAUUGAUGGUGCAAGCUCGUCUGACAUUGCUCAAGGAUCACUCGGUGACUGUUGGUUCUUGAGUGCGGUGUCGACUGUCACCACAAUGGAAGGUCUAAUCAAUCGAAUAUGCGUACAUAGGGACGAAGAGGUGGGGGUAUACGGUUUUGUGUUCUAUCGGGAUUCAGGGUGGAUAGAUGUAGUCAUUGACGAUCUCCUAUACACCCGAAUCCCGAAGUACGAAGAACUUUGGGAAGACCAAAAAGAUCUUUAUCACGGCGACAGGGAGCGAUUUGACGCUCGCGCACGAAUUGGGGGCAAAACCCUUUACUUUUCAAGAAGCAAGACUGAAAAUGAGACCUGGCUUCCGCUUUUGGAGAAGGCUUAUGCCAAAUUGAAUGGCGAUUACCAGGCUAUCGUUGGUGGGUUCGAUGCAGAAGCCAUAGAAGCCUUGACGGGUGGUAUUUCGACUCUCACUCCCAUCAAAGACAUUCUCGAUGUGAACAAGUUUUGGCAAGAGCUGCUGAAUGUCGAAAAGGACCGGUUAUUCGGGUGUGCUAUUGAUGGGUCAGCAGCCAAAGAGAUUACCGGCCUAUACACUUCACAUGCAUACUCUGUCUUGGAGGCUCUGGAAGUCAGUGGUAAGCGAUUCGUACGAAUUCGGAAUCCAUGGGGGAAAUCCGAGUGGAAGGGUCCAUGGUCCGACGGAUCCAAGGAAUGGACUGGUCAAUGGCUGACCCUAUUACCCGAGUUGCAUCACAAGUUUGGCGACGACGGCGAAUUCCUCAUGGAGUACAAGGAUUUCCUCAAGACGUGGACAACUGUUGAACGAAGCAGAGUAUUUGAUGCAGGCUGGAAACUGAGCUCCAUGUGGUUAAACGUUACCUCGAGGUCGUACCCGUGUGCCUGGAGCUUCGGUGAUGUGAGCUUCACGUUCUCGGUGACAAAAGACUCGCAGGCCUCUAUUAUACUCUCCCGGCUCAAUACAAGGUGCUUUCAAGAUCUUUCGGGCUAUAACGAUUGGUCUUUGGACUUUGUCGUGUACAAAAAGGGUGCCCCGAGCGAGGAGCAUUACGCUCGAUCAUAUCAUAACUGGUUUUGGCAGAGGGUCGCGAGCGUCGAGCUUGAUAACUUGGAGGCGGGCGAUUACGUCUUACAUGUCCGUCUGGAUCGAAAACACAUUCGUAAAAAGACGUACUACCAGGAUUCGGUCGAGGAGUGGGAUUCUCGUAAGCUGAGCAAGGUCUGGACUCAGGCCGCAAUCUCAAAGUCGAUCGCGAUUAACUUUGAUCCCGAGGCGUACAACGAAUAUCUUCCGGCACCAGAAGAGCUUUUUGGUGGAGAAGACCUCACCUCGUUGGAAGAAAAACAAAUCGCUGUCGAAGUACCACAGCCGACGACUGCGAGUGAGAGUAACCCUGCCUUGUCAACGAAUGAGGCCUCCAUAUUGGAGGCGGGUAAACUUGAGCCUUCUGGAACCACCAGCGAGGGCAAAUCUAGCGAACGGGAGGUCAAGCAUACAGAUGAAAAGAAGCCUGAACCUGCGGAAAAGUCCGAGGAUCAACCAGCAGGGACCGCGAGCGAAUCAACAAAUGCUGUCACUCAUCCCGCUGCGAAUGGAGAAAACGAAAAGAAGGACGCGAAAGAGGAGAAGAAUGAGAAGCCGGUUAUAGUUACGACCGUUGAACUAGAAAAAUCAGCAAAGGUAGUCCAUGAGGGGUUCAUGUGUAAAGUGUGCAAGACGUCUCCUAUUGAAGGCCCAUGGUACCGAUGCUUAGACUCCGCUUGUCUAAACUAUAAUAUAUGCGAGAAAUGCAUGAAGUCCAAGCCCAAUUUGCACGACAAAACACACAAGCUACUGCACAUUCAGACUGAAGAAGACUCAAAGAAGCUCAAAGAUCAAUUAAAAGAAGGGGAGGACAACUCAGUUACCUUGGGCUUACGUAUUUACACCAAGGGUGAUUCAGUGGUCACUAUUGGUGGGCAACUGAGGCAUGGGAAUAUUAUUACAUGGAAGAGGAAGGACAAUCAAGAGCGCCCAGUUUAA